AUGGGUGACGCUAUCAACGAGCCAGUUAUCGAGGGCACUGCUAGUAAAGCAUCCUCCAGGGUGAUCUGCGAGGAAUUCCUCAAAGUGCUGAGUCGCAAAGAGGUCGAACAGCCCAUGAUCUGGCACCCAAAACCUCUGCCUCUGCGCCCAAUUCUGGCGCUACCAACACUACCUGCUCCCCCGCUGGGACUGGGGCAUCACCAAGGGAGUGGGGAGAAGGAAACGGGGGAGGGGGAGCAUAAGGAAAAGGAGAAGAAGGGGAGGGAGAAGAAGAGCGAUAAGCUGCCGCCUAUAGCGGGAUACGCGGGGGAUCCCGACCUGGUGGAUGUGCCCGUCUACUUCUGCGGCGAGGGCUACACGGGGGAGGACCGACAGGCGCUGGCGUGGGCCGCCGAGGUGAUGCACCUGGCGCAGCUUCCGCCCGUGGAGGUAGUCGGGGGCGGAGUGGACGAGGUGUGGAGGGAGGUGCUGCGGCGAUGUAAGCCGGCGGCGGUGAUAGCGGGAGCUUGUGUGGUGGAUUCGGAGAGCCGCGGCGCCCUUGACGACUACGAAGAGUUCAAGCUCGAUAAGGGACGGGCGCCGCAUACGAUAGGGUCAUCGCACUUGUAUAUUCGCAAGGAUAUCGUGGACCUGGCCGAAAGGGAGGCCAUUGUGCCGCCAUACCCGGUUACGUUCCCACACGACUACCCGUACGAUAAUAAGAGUUGGUACUUGGAUGAAUUGAGGAAGAACGGGAGCGGGAAGGUAGUCCGCCGUGAGGAGACGUCAUGA